AUGAGGUGUUGUGUACAAAGUUGUAUUAAUGAUACAAGAAGAACGACAAAAAGUCAUGGAAUUACAUUUCAUAUGUUUCCAAAAGAAUUGAGCCUUAGGACUGCCUGGAUUGAAGCCCUCGGUCUCAACGAAUGGGAGCCAAAGGAAAGAAGCGCCGUCUGUUCUGAACAUUUUCAACAAGAUGCCUUCUAUGAAACGAAAUGUGGCCUGAGGAGGAUUAAAAAUGGCGCUGUGCCGCUACCUCUCGUUGACUUAUCUGAAGACCUGGACGCUCCUGCCACAUUAAGAGUGUGCAGGAUAUGCCUCACGAUGGAUGCAAAGAUGUACCACAUGUCUGAUCACAAGCUGAGUCUGGUGUACGAGCAAGUGACCGGUGUGCCAGUGAAUAUAGAUGAUAAGUUGCCUCAGAAGCUAUGCUACGAGUGUGCAGCGAGGUUGCGUUCAGCUAAUGUCUUCAGAUCAAAGGCGUUGAGGACUCAAGGGCUGUUAUUGGACAAGCUGGAUGCAGACCGAUUUAUGACUAUAAGAGACGUGAAAUCGAUAAGCAGAGCUUACAACAAACUAAUAUCGACUCUAGGACAGAAGAUUUACGAAGUGAACGACUGUGAUUUACACAUUAAUGACAAUGAAGUCAUUAAAAUAGAGAGAGAGGCUAGUAAUGAUAAUGAUAAUGAAGAAAUACACUUCAAUGAUGACGAUGAGGAGAUUGAAGAUUUCAAAAAUGACAUAGAAAUCAAAGAUGAGAGUAAUAACGAGAUAUUCUUUGAAGAGUAUCCAGUGUUCGACAGUGAUGAUGAUAGAACGCUUAGUGUUUUAAAGAAGAAGAGUAGGGUUAAGAAGAAGAAAGUGAAAGUCGAGAAGAAAGUAAGGGAAGUGAAAGAAGUUAGAGAGAAGAAGCGUUGUGAAGAAGACAAUCCGUCGACUACUAUGGAUAAGUACAAGAAAUCCGACGUUAAACGACGGAAAACGACAGACGGUCUCGACGAGUCGCUGUUCACAAUAACGACACUGACAUACGAGGAGCAAAUAGCGGAAGUGGAGCGGAGACAGGAGGCCAGCGCGUACAAACACGCCCCUUACAAGUGCACUACUUGCUACCGGGGCUUCCAGAUAAGGGACAGAUACGACGCCCACGUCGUGAGGCAUAGCGAGCAAAGCGGUGCUUAUGAAUGUUUUAUAUGCAAGACAAGGUUGAAAACGGCGCGCGCCCUGAGGAAACAUCUGACCGCUCAACACACCGAGAAGUUCAGCUGUAAGGGCUGUCCGUUUGUGACUAGAAACAGAGGUGUCGCAAGGGAGCACGAGAAGUGGCACGCCGGUACAAAAUACCAGUGUCCUCACUGCCCCAGCGAGUUUGACAAACUGACGACGUACAUGGGGCACAUACGGAUCAAGCACGUUUCGGACUUCGUCUGCGAGCUCUGCGGGUACACGUUCGUCAGCAAGAAGGGUAUCGACGUCCACAAGAAGAAGAAACACCGAUUGGCGGACAAGACUGUUAGCUUAGAAGGUCCCUAUUGCGAAGUGUGCGAAGUACGUUUCAUAUCGGAGGAAGCGCAUUCGAGGCACCUGAAGCUGUCUUCGCGUCAUAGUAGUGAUAAUGAUCCGUAAGUACACGGUCACCAUCAUCAC